GUGACAUCGAAGACCAAAUUUAGUACGAAGUUCUACAUUAAGGCCUAGUACAUUUAUGCGCUUGCGUGUCUAUACUGGGCUUUCCAAGUCCCACGCGCUCAACGAUUCUUCUUCAGGCUUUUCUGUCUGGCAAAGUAUCUAGAUUCAUAAUUGAUACGCUUUAGAAUGCGGUCCUAAAGAAUUUCCAAUAGUGACAGCAACGAAGACGAAAGCUGCAAGCAUCGCAAGUACCUUGGUUAAAAGCACUCAAUACUACAACGAUGGCGCCUACAUAGGAAACUAGCACUUCCUGGGGAGCCGCGGCCCAGGCUGCGGUUCUCCAUACUCGGGUACAUGCAAUGGAUAAAGUUGUCGCACACGCAACACCAGCUCAACUGCGGCAACUGGAGUUGCAGCAGGAGGAGAUAGAAUGUAACGCGGCCAAGAUACAAGGCUUUUUUCACUACUUGAACUUUUGCGAUUCUGCGGCCUUCGAGAGGUGUUUGGGCCGCUCGGGGAAGAGCCCUGAGUGCCUGUCACGUGCGCCUGAUGGAGGCCCCACGCCCCGCAAGUUUGCGUCCAUCACAACCGUCAGCCAGAACCGGAAGAUACGGCAGAUGGAGGUGUCGCGGCCAGUCAUGCUCCUGGCGCAGCGCAAGGACCUUGCGCUGUUGACUGCCGAGGAGACCAUGGAACGGCUCAAAGAAGUGUUUGUGGCGUACACGGACCCCAUGCUCCACGCUCAGACGGGUCGACGUGAAAUGAGCAUCGUGGGCUUCUGUCGCCUCAUGCGUGACUGCCGGCUGCUAGACAACCGGCUCACGCUGGUGGCUGCCGAUGUCAUCUUUACCCGGGUGGAUGCGCACGUGGAGGGCGGCUCUUGCGACAUGGGCCUUGGGGUCAUGCACGUGGACUUUGACGGCUUCAUGCGCUGUCUGCGGGCCGUGGUGCGCGCCAAGUUCCCCAAGGCCCAUGACCACGAUGACGCGCUGAUGCUGCUUGCGCGGAAGUGGCUGUUGCCCUUUGCGCGGGACGCGGGCGCCGGCGGAGGGCUGAGCAACUCGGUGGAUGGCUUGUUCAGCCGCAGUACCAUGAACCUCGUACGGAAAUACGACGGUCAGCUGAAGAAGUUAUUCGCAUGGUACAGCAGCAUCGAGGAGACCGACCCUGCACGCGUCACAUGGGCAUGGGCUCGCGACCACAGCGGCACCAUCAACGGCAGCCAGUUUGUGCUGAUGCUGCUGAACUUUAACGUGCUGCCGGUGCUGCUCUCCAAGAACACGGCGCACGAGGUAUUUGUGCGCUGCGAGGCGGAGAACGACGGCGAUGAGCUGCCCAACUGCAUGUUCUAUCCCGCCUUUCUGGAGACGCUGGCAGAGGUGGCGCUGGAGGUGGGCAAGGAUGUUAUACAGCACCUGCGUGCUGCGACCUCGCCCGACGAUCUGAAGCUGCUCGGGCGCUACGCCGAGUGCUGUCCGCCGCCGUUUGGACCCAAGGUGCUGCAGGUGUACCAGGAGGUGCUGGCGAGCCGCGGCCGGGACGCCUCAUCGCUGGACCAGCACAGCCUGUACGACGCCGAGGGUGUCCGGCGCAGGAACGAGCGGCAAGCGGCUGCGGCGCUGCAGCGGGAAGCGGAGGCGCAGGCCAGCGGCGUGGUACAGAGGCGUGAGGGGCUCCGGCAGCGCUUUGCUUUGACGAGGCUUCGCAACUUCUACCGUGACGUUCGCACGACCAACAACAACACCACUUGGCCACCUGAGCGUGACGUCUCACCGACCAGUCACCGCAACGGUGGUACCGGCAACGGUGACGAUGGCGAGAUCCAUGUGGCAUUCUACGACAGCGAACGAGCCAUCAAGACGCCCAGGCCCGUGUGGAUCCCCGUGGGCAACGCCGUGGCGCGCCGCCACAGCCACGUCAUCCCCGUGGAGAUGCCGAUGCAGUCCGGUCCGGCUGCCGGCAUCGUGCUGGGGCCCGCUGGCAGCAAUGUCCUGCUGGUGGAUGCGCCGGCAAGCGCUGGUGGUGGCAAACUGUCCAUCCUCAUCCCGCCCAGCAGUCAUGCCCGAGUGACGGGUGGCCCACAUAGCGGCUUUUUGCCAGUAUCUCCGGGUGCCUAUGUCCGCUCUCCCAAGCCAUGCCAGCUCGCGAUUGAAGACCGCGACGAGGCCGAGAAGAUCCUCCAUCUUGCGGACCGGCUGCCGUACCUUUGCACGCCGCCAAGCCUAUCGGCUCGCGAACGGUCGGAGGGAUCAGGCUCGCCUCGGCAGCAGUACGGCAAGCCGCGUGCCGUCACGGCACCGGCAGAAGUGCAGCGUAAGCGGGAUAACGACAACAGCGGACCGAGCGUGGAUUGCGCGCAGCCCCCGGAGCAGGGUGCAGCAGGCCUGGGUGGUGGUGGCAAGCAAGGGCGGCGCAGGGGCCCUAGUGCAGAGGGCUCUCCAGGAGACAUGCCCUCACGGCCACGCCUGCCGCCCGUGCAGCAUCAGCCGCACCGGGCGCAGGCCACUGCCGCCGCCCUGGCGAGUAUCGCGGGGCAGUCUCCCCCGCCCCCCACGUGCGCCCACUGCCAGCCCGUGCACUUACCGCCUGCUUCGAUUGGCGCACCGCUGCGCUCGCUGCCCUCCGGUUCCCUGGCUCCUUUGCACCCGCACCUGACGUUGGGGCCAUCUCCAUCUCAGAUCAGUAUCCUGGGCGUGCUGGGCUCCAGCCCCAGCAACUCGCAACGGCUAAGUCCACCCACAUCCCUGCGUCGCCGCCAGAACUAUCGCCGGAAGGCUGACAUUGGGGGCUUGCCGACUUUCACAGACCCUGCGGAUCUUGGACCCAGCAUUGAGGUCACAGCGGCGCUAGAGGAGCUAGACCGGUUCGACGGCUCGUCAUUGUUCGCAACGACAGGCUCGGGUCCUGGCCCCAGGGUGCGGCCUUGGCGGCGCGGGCUCUCCUUGCAUGCUUAGAAGCGGGGUUGCAUGGGCCUUUUACCUCUUGACUAGAUCUGGACUGCAAGCAUAGACAGUACAUUUCGCUGUGUUGGCGGGGGCGUUACGGUGGCUCGUUUGGCUGCACUUCCCUGCUCCCGGCGCUGAGUAUUGUUGCACAUGUGACAUGACCAUGUUCAUGCAGUGGCUGUGAUUGGCCACAGACUAGGACUCCCUACAUGUCGAAUAUUGAUGCAUAUCCAAGACUCUAUCCAUGCAUAUGUAGUUGUGAGCGGUGUACAGAGAUAGGGGCGAGAUCCUCCGUAUCCUAGGGGCGGCUAGCGCUAGCUUGGUGAGCAUGGUCAGUAACCUUGUAUUCCUGUUUGAGGGUCAAUGCAUGUAUUUAUGCGGUGUUUGCCGCUGAGCAAGUAAUGUCGCUAUGCAUGCGGUUUAGGUUUGUCGGCUGUUUGCUGAAUAGCAGUAGUAUAGCGCGGUACACACGGGUACCAUUCAUUUCUAUUUGGUCAGGCAUCGGCUAAGCACAUACGUGACCCUAUCCUAUCUGGUGAUAGGUUACUGUGGAAGUUUGCUGCGACGUAUGGUGCAACUAUUCUUUGCACAUGUCUCAUUACGGAAGACAGUGUUGCCGAACCUUGUAAGUAUGCAAGUCG